GCCGGACCGACAGCGCGGCUGCUCUUGGCCACUUUGCAGCCUCGUUGUCAGGAGCGCGGCGGCGGGGGACUCGGGCCCGAGUGAAGCGGCGGCGGCAGAGCGGGGCCGAGCCCGGGAUCUGGGCAUGGAGCCGUGCAGAUGACGUGGGCUGAGUUGGCGUCUCUGGCAGAGUCAUGGCAGCGGUGUGGUGGGUGGUUCUGCUCGUGCUGCUGUCCCAGGUGGUGCUGGGUGAGCUCUCUGUCAGCGAGCCCAUACCCGAAGACUGGGUCCUGCUGCAUGUGGUCCAGGGGCAGGUGGGGCCUGGCAACUAUAGCUACCUGCGGCUUAACCACGACGGGCAGGUUGUGCUGCGCAUGGAGAGCCGGCGAGGCGACGCUGAUCUGUACAUCUCCGACUCCACGUUGCACCCCAGCUUCGAUGAGUAUGAGCUGCAGUCGACCACCUGCGGCCUGGACUUGGUGGCGGUGCCGGCCAAGUUCCGCAGGCCGGUGGGCAUUGCCAUCUACGGCCACCCCUCACACUUACAGACCGAGUUCGAGAUGAGGGUCUACCUGGACCAAGGGGUGAGGGAGAGCCCCUUCCCUGAGCUCUCCUACCCUGGUGACGAGGACACCACUGACAGGACCCCACCAAAAAAGGUGGUGGAGGAGGAGACAGAAGAGUCAGUGUUGUGGACCAUAAUGAUUGGGAUCCUCAAACUGGUGUUGGAGAUCCUGUUUUGAAGACUUCCCUCAUGGUGUACCAGGGGUGGGUGGGGUUGUGUGUGCAUGUGCACCUGCAUGACUUUGGGAGUGGCAGGUGGAAACAGCCCGAAGACCCAACAUAAUCACUGCCUGCUCUCUGUCAGGCAAGACUGAACUUAUUUUUCACUGAUUUCAACCAGUCAAUGAUUUAUGGUCAAUUUUCUUUUACUUUCAGAGUGGGGUAAGAGGGUGGUGAUUGCGUGUACUCCCAAUGCUGUGUACCUUGUGGGACACCGAACAUGUGCUAUUGCAGGAUACUCAUUGCCUGUCUAAUCCAUGUCUAUUUCCUAAGAUAACCCUCUUGUCAAUGCCAUGUCCAUUUCCUAGGAUUGCCACUAUUCUGUCUACGCCACAUCUGUUUCCCAGAAUACCACUCGUUGCAUCUAUACCACACCCCAAAUGAUACUGGAACAGGCAGAUUGUAGAUAUUUUUACAUGAAAGAAAAUCAGCAGAAUUUGUACAGAGCAAGUGCAGCUUCCUAUUCAGAGCUGCUGCUGGAUGAUUCUAAUACUGCAGACUUUAAAUGUGCCAGAAAUUGGAAUUAGAAAUUUUCCAGAAUCCCUGGCAGUCCUCAUCCAGGGCUGAGCUUUGCCUGAGAGGAAGGCUCAAUCUGUAGCCUCCUAAAAGCAUUGUUUUCAUUUCUAAAUGCCAGAAACUUGAAGAAAAGGAAUGCAAGUGACAUUCUUCCUGAGUUUGAGAGCCAAUAAAUACAAUCAUUGUAUUGA